AAAAAAUCGACCUAGGUAUUUUAACUGAGGUAGUAUAUGUACAGUAUACUCCCACAUGAGCAUUAUAUGCGCGGUCUCCAAAUAAAACAUGAUCCAUGCUUUCGAAAAAAAGUACGGCAUGUCACAUACAUGCCUUACUUCACUGCCUCUAUAUGGGUACAACCCUUUCGCCCCUGCCAAUCAUCCUCAAAUUUUCUCUCCCUCACUGAUCCCUCCCCUUCCUUCUCCUCUGGUUUUGCUCUCUCUCUCUAGUUCUUCCCCUUCUCUUUCUCUUGCUUUCCCUCAACUGGUUUUUUACAGUCUUCCUCUCACUCCAUUCAUUUUCGACUCUAUCAAAACCAUCUCUCUCAUGGCAUUCAUCUCACUCCCAAACUGCACCAACCUAGCUCCUAAAAUCCCCCAAGUCCACCGCCGCUCCCAGUCAAAACCCCGGGCCUUCGCCUCCCUCCCCCCUACCACAAACACCCCCACCACCAUAGACCUUCCUGCGUACCUCACCGCGGUCUCCUCGAACCUUGACGCUCAAGUCUCCCACACACUCCCCCUCCAGCCCCCGCAUAUUGUCCACGCUCCCAUGCGCUACUGCGCCCUCUCCAACCCCACCCCCCUGGCCCCUGCAGUCUGCAUCGCUGUGGCCAGCGACCUCUUCGGUGUCCCUCACCCCACCGCCCUCAUCCCCGCCCACGCCCUCCACCUUGUCCAUGCCGCCGCCCUGAUGCACGAGGACAUGCCCGCCCUCCUCGAUCGCACCACUCGCGCGAACCGCCCCACCACGCACAUUAAGUUCGCCCAAAACGUCGCCAUCCUCACUUACGACGGCCUUGUCCCCUUCGCAUUUGCUCACAUCGCCGAAUCCAACCUCCCCGCCGACAUCUCGCUGCGCCUCGUAGCAGAGAUUUCAAAGGCGAUGGGAUCACAAGGGUUCGCCUCCGGCCAAUACAUGGAGGCUCAAACCCUGAGCUGGGCCGAUGGUUUCUUCGACAAAGACUGUGCGGAUCAAGUGCAUAGCAUGAAAAUGGGAGUUUUGGUUGAGUGUGGGGCGGCCUGUGGGGGUAUUGUAGGAGGCGCAAAAGAUGAAGAGAUUGAGAGGCUGAGAAAGUACGGCAGGGCAUUGGGAAUUAUGUAUCAGAUCCUUUGGGAUAUUAAAGAGAAAGAGAGAGGGGGGUUUGGAAAGGCUAGCUAUGCGAGGGGUUAUGGGGCGGAGAGAGCCAUGGAGGUGGCGGAGGAGAUGGGGCGUGAGGCUCGAAAAGCUUUGGAGGGUUUCGAUCCACAGGGGACACAGCUUUUGGAGGGCUUUGCCGAUUGUGGUGCUGCCGCUCAUGUUGGGGUGGGCCUCUAAUGGUGCUGCCGCUCAUGUUGGGGUGGGCCUCUAAUGAUGCUUUCAUUUGGUCUGCUGGAUAUUCGGAUGGUAUUAUGAAUUGGAAUUGGAAUUGGAAUUGGAAUUGGAAUUUGAAUUGAGCUGCAGUCAGAGUGGUAUUUGCCUUUUACAAGUAAAGUGGAAUUUGUGGUACACUUUCUUUUUGCCGUUCUUUCACUGCCUGUACUCCAAAGUUAAUUGGAAACCUGUGCACAUGCUGCACGUAAUGCAACGUGUUACAUA